GCACCCGGAAACGAGAGCGAACGUCAGCUGACCGUCGAGUUGAGUUUGUUCCCGACAGUUUGGAGGUUUUCCACUCGGUUAGAAACACGCAUGUUAGAGAGCCAGGCGCCAUGUUGAGACCCAAGGCGCUGACGCAGGUCCUCAGCCAGGCGAACACGAACGGAGUCCAGAGUACCCUCCUACUGAAUAACGAAGGGUCCCUCCUGGCGUACUCCGGCUACGGGGACACUGACGCCCGAGUGACAGCCGCCAUCGCCAGCAACAUCUGGGCGGCCUACGACAAGAACGGCCACCAAGCCUUCAACGAAGACAAGCUCAAGUUCAUCCUCAUGGAUUGUAUGGAGGGCCGAGUGGCCAUCACCCGCGUAGCCAACCUGCUGCUGUGCAUGUACGCCAAAGAGACGGUGGGCUUCGGAAUGCUCAAAGCCAAGGCAGAGGCCCUGGUGAAGUACCUGGAGGAACCCUUAACCCAAGUGGCAGCGUCAUAGUAGAGAAGUGACUGAUGCUCCGCCUGGUGCAGCAUCAUGUGAUUCAGGUCAUUCACAGACUACUGUACCAUUCUGUGUACAUGUAUAGAUCUAUGGGGGGGGCGCAGUGUAUUUAUAAUCAUGGUAUUGAAACUAAUAACUUGUGUGGGGUUUCCCUUGUGACGCGUGUCUGUUCAGAAAGUCCACAUGAAGUGGAGUCAAAUGGUUUGAGGAAAGCUUUCAUGAGAAUGUCCGUCUGAUAAAACGAGGAAUAUUCGCUACAUUUAGUUUCAAAGCUGUCAAAUAAAAGACAUUUGGAUUAAUA